AGUUGCCAGAGAGUUGUGGAGCCGUCAAGUACGCGGAAAAUUACGCCAAUUGCGGAAGAUUUUCGCCGGAUUCUUGCCACCAAUUUGCCACGUUGCAACCUCACAAAUUUGCGACCAGAUCCAUACGAGUACGACUAAAAAUAACCUAGGCAAAGGGUGAACAGAAUUUUGAUGUGUACUCGCAAAUCAAAAGAUCACAACAACGAUGUUCACUAAAUUUUGCAUAAUUUGCCUGUGCUAUUGUUGUAAAUCGGCUAUUUUAAUUUACUGACUGCAAUUCGAGGCAAGGCAACAAACGUCGUCUGCAAAAUACAAUCACUAAGACACAAUUCGGCGCCAGCGUGUAUAUUUCCCCUAGAUAGAAGCAUAAUUACACGGAUCCAGAGAAACUAUAUAUUAUACAACAGCACACACAGACCAUUUCCCGGCUGAUCCGAUCCAAAAGUUAGCCAGUGCCAGUGCCCAGUGCCCACGAUGGAUAAUUGGAAUGUUUUGGCAGCGCAAACCUCUUCGCAGGCCAUCGGACUUCACGAUUCUGGGACGGUGAAGACGCGACUGACCAUCGAGAAGCUGCCCGACAAGGUGCUGCUGCACAUCUUCUCGUAUCUGUCGCACCGCGAGAUCUGUCGUCUGGCCCGGAUUUGUCGACGGUGGCGCCAGAUUGCCUACGACACGCGUCUCUGGAAGAAUGUUUCCCUGCGGCCGGAGGUGUCUGGACUGCAUGUGGGCUCCCUGGAGAUGCUGCUGCAGCUAAUCUCGGUGAGAUUUGGUCCCACGCUCCGGUACAUCGAACUACCCAUCGAGCUGAUCACGCACACGGUGCUCCACGAACUGUCUGCCAAGUGUCCCAAUCUCACCCACAUGCUGCUGGAUUUCUCCACAGCCAUGCAGCUGCAUGAUUUCAGCGAGAUGCAGGCCUUUCCCACCAAACUGCGGUACAUGUGCGUCUGCCUGUCCGAAGUGAUCUUCAUGGAGGGCUUCAUGCGCAAGAUCUACAACUUCAUCAACGGACUGGAGGUGCUCCACUUGAUAGGCACCUACGAGAAGUGCGAGGAGGAGGAGGAGGAGAUCUACGAGGUCAUCAAUGUGCACAAACUCAAGUCGGCCACGCCCAAUUUGCGGGUGAUCAAUCUGUAUGGCAUCAACUUCAUCGACGACUCCCACAUCGAUGCCUUCAGCUCCAACUGCAUCCAGCUGGAGUGUCUGGCCGUUAACUUCUGCAACAAGGUCACCGGUUCCACUCUGAAGACCCUCAUCCAGCGAUCGAAGCGCCUGACUUGCCUGCUGAUGAACGGCACCAGCCUGAAGUCCGAGUUCGUGAUGCAGGCCGAGUGGGACAAGUGCGCUCUGCAAGAGCUGGACAUCACGGCCACGGAUCUUUCGCCCGAGUGCCUGGUGGACAUGCUGACCAGGAUACCCAGCUUAAAGUUCCUAUCUGCCGGGCAAAUCAAUGGUUUUAAUGACAGCGUUCUGAAGCAAUGGAUGGAGUCUGGAACUACCAGAUCGCUUAUUUCCCUGGAUCUGGACUCCUCAGACAACAUCACGGAUGAGGGUCUCCUUAAGUUUGUCCAGCGGCAGGGUCACCAGCUAAGUGCCUGUUGCCUCUCCGGGAUGCCGCAUAUCACAGAUCAAUUGUGGAUGAGCAUUCUUCCAUUGCUGGGCAACUGCAAGAUCAUUGUGAUGGGCACUGCUGAGAAACUGGGAGUCAACAUCCAUGUGGACCAGCUGAUGGACACCAUCGCCUCCAAUUGCGGCAACUUGGAGCGCCUGGAGUUGCGCUGGGAUCCGGAUAACCUGCGAUUCUCGGACAAAAGCCAGAAGGCCAUCGAUAUACUGCGUGUCAAAUGCCUCAAGUUACGCUGCAUGGUUCUCAGCGAUGGUCGCUAUUAUGAGACGGUUAAGGCCAAUUUCGAACGUGCCGAUCGUAUCACUGUGGUCCGUACUACCACCUGUUGCCGCGUGUCUCCAUAUCAUCUGCUCCGCAACUACAAUGAUUUGAUUUUCAACUGAAGAACAAAUGUUGCCGCGUUCAUUCAGUGCGUUUCAAAGCUAAAUGACACAAAAAAAGGCUAAGAAAAUGGGUAUAUUCCGGUAUAUCAUAAACUAGCUCUGAAACGCACUGUAGUUCAUGUUAAUAUUAUUGUUUACCGAUGUCUGAAACACCCAUAUAUCUAGUCAAAAGUCAACACAAUUGUUUCUGUGUGUUUUCUCUUACAUUAGACUGUUUUUUGAUGUUUUCUGUAUUUUCCGCUUCUUUCGUUUAAUUACAUUAAAUCUAAAUAAA